AUGACAAGCAACAAAUUAUUGUAUAGUUCUGGAAACACAAGAAAAAACCGUCUGUUUACAACAAAUGUUGAUCAACUAGUCUCUCAACUAACUAUGAAUAUUCUUGCCCUUCUCCUCUUCGUUCUUCUUGCUAUCACAGCUCCAAUUGUCGAGGCUGGAAAACGCUGCCACACGAGCGAGCAGUGCGACUACGAGUCAGCCUGCUACGAAGGACACUGCUACACCAUCGAUGAGAUGUUCGAAAAGUUCGAUUUAAAGAAAUAA